GCAUGCGCGGAAGCAUAGGACGCCGUCUUCAAGGAGCAUUCUAAUUUAGCGCUGCCACAAGACGAUCAUUUUUGGCAACACUUGCAUACGAUAAGCUAGAAGCCAAGAACAAAAAUCGAAAAUGUCCAUUGUCAAACAAUUCAAAGGAAAUAAAAUUUUAACAUCGGCCGAAUUCGUCACGUUGUUCAAAAAAUACGACAAAGACGGAAAUGGAUUCAUAGAAGCUGGUGAGCUCGAUUCGUUCUUGAGAGAUCUUUGCUCCGAAUUGGGAAGUGAAAACGAGCUCAAAUGCGGCAUAAAGGAGUUGAAAGAGUUGGUCCUUACAAAGUAUGACGUCAACUCGGAUGGAAAGCUCAGUAUGGAUGAGAUGAGCAAAAUUUUACCGACUGAGAAAAAUUUCCUAAUGAACUUCCGCAAGAACGUGAAACUGACAUCGGUGGAGUUCAUGGAGAUUUGGUUUCACUAUGACUUAGACAAGAGUGGAUUCUUGGAAGGACAUGAAAUCGAGGGUUUCAUCUACGAUUUCUUGAAAAAAGCCGAAUUUGAUGUUUCUCCAACGAAAAUCAAGGCCUCGAAAGACGACAUUUUAAAUACAAUUGAUUCCAACAAAGAUGGCAAAAUUUCACUCACUGAGCUCGCUGAGUUAUUGCCGGCUGGCGAAAAUUUCUUCAAGAAAUACGAGCACAAGCAUCGAUUGGAUGAACAAGAUUUUAACGACAUUUUCGCCCAUUACGACAAGGACAAGAGUGGUCAAAUUGAGGAGAAAGAGCUGCUAGCCUUGCUUAAGGACGUUAUGGAGAGAGAUGGAACGAGCCCGAGUUUAUCUGAUUUGGAAGAUUGCAAAGUUGAUAUUAUGAAAAUCGUCGAUUCAAACAAGGAUGGAAAAGUAUCACGUGAUGAACUCGCCUUGCUUUUAUCCGCUCAAUAAUACGUCAAUAUUCAAAAUAUCCAAGAGAAAACGUUUUGAAAAUUUUCCACAUUAUAGUCAGUUUAUCAAAAGUUUAAAAUAUCUUUAAAUACAGGAUGUGGUGUUUGUUUACGUGAAUGACAUUUGAUUGUGUCUAAAUUAUUUAAUAGUCAUAUACAGAGUCAGCAAUGUACUCAAGUACAUCAAUUGAAAAGUUAAAAACGAA